CUGUCUGUUUUUACAAGUCGUAGCGGGAACAGUGUGCUUCUGCUUUCUCUGUAUGAUUGAACAUUGUCGUCAAGCAAUUUGGGUUGUGUCAACCGAAAUUUUCACGGUGUGAAGACAAUCAACGACGAAGAAACGCGGGCGGUGUGAACACUGGCCAUCUUGCAUGUCAAGGAGAAUCUAGGUGGGAUUCAGUGUUUCUUAGUCGCAAUCAAUCUAUGGUGAACUAUCGUCACAGCCUGUGGGGAAAAAUUUAGCGUUCCGAACAACACACAAAUUUUGACGUCUCAGUCAAGGGGGUAAACAUGAAAGUUCAAAUUUAUUCUAAUCACCCUAAAUUUAUGAGAAAUCCGAUCAACCAUCGUUGAUCAUCACUAGCUUACAGUGUGGGUUUAGAAUGAACUUCAUUUUUGGUUCAUUUGUAUGAACAUGCUGAUUUCACUUUGGAUCCAAAUUUGAACGACAAAUUUAGAGCCUGAUUUCAAUGAACAUUCAAUUUAGGUCGUAGGGAAUUUGCUUGGCUUAUGAUCCUGGUGGAUUUCAUAUCUUGCCUAACAGGUUGAGACUUGAUGUUUCAAGUGAAAGUGCUUUUGUUUAAGAUAAGUACAACAACUACAAAUAGACCAUAUAAACAGAUUUAUUACAAGUGGAGCAAGACCAGAUGAGCUGCGUUCGUUCCGAUAUUAGCUUUUGAAGAUACAACAAGCAGCUGUUGAUGUAGCCACGAAAACAAGUAUCAUCUUCUACGCAGAACUAUUGCUCCAAGAGUACUUCUAUCGGUGUACUAGCGCAUCAACGUCGUGCUUGAUAUACACGAGGACAGCUGGUGCCGAAAU